UUCAGUCAUGAGGAUCCAUUACCUUCUCUUCGUAUUUUUUGUGGUGCUGCUGUCUCCACUUGCAGCUUUUAGCCGAAAAAUCAACAAUCCAGUAAGUUGCUUGAGGAAUGGAGGCGUAUGCUGGGGUCAGUGCACUGGCAAUUCUCGUCAGAUUGGCAGUUGUGGCCUUCCUCGACUCAAAUGCUGCAAGAAAAAAUAGAUAAGAAGACCAAGAUCCUGUGAGGCAAACAAAACACCAGAAUUUGCUCCUCCAUGAAGAUGGGCAAAACUUAAACCAAAUUAAAGUUCUUGGCUUAAAUGCAAACAGGUGUUGCCUAG